AUGUCUCCUACCUUCAACUCCGAGGCAUCUCCCAUAUCCAAGAAUUUCUGGAUUCCAGGGGCUCCUUUGGUCCUGGGCGAAGGACCUGGCGAUUUGGCUCUGGUGCUAGAUGACGCUGCUGCAGGAUCAGGGGCCCGAGCCAAACCACGUAUCAUACUCGGGAAAUGGCUGAGGGGGUUCAGCGAGGUUCCAAACCCCCUAACUGAACCGAACCCUUGGUUCGUGCUACCGGUACUAGACGAGAUAGUAGGUGGUGUGGCGGUAGACGAUGCAGCAGUGUCAUCUGAUGCAUUCGUAUCAGACCUAUUGGUGCUUGAGUCUCGUUUAGUGGUUCCGGGUCGUCUUCGCCCACCGACCAGCUCAGCCAGCCUGUCGUCAAGUGGCUGUCUGGAAGAAAUGGAUGGUGUCGGAGUAGGUGUACGAUCACCUAUGUUCGACCCGUCUUCACUCACGGCCUCGUCGGGAGGAACAGUCCCGGACUUCACUUGUACCAGUUUCCGUGCAUCGUCGAGUGUCUUGGGCACAAUGGGCGUACCAGGUCGUGCGUUAUCGCCCUGGGAUAUCUGGACUUCCUUCAGCCUCCCGAACAGGAACGCAAAGCUGUUAUCAAGGGUGCUGCUUAUGCUCUUUAGCCCCUGGUCGGCAGUAUUUCGUACUAUAUCAUUUGCUGCUCCGAGAGCCUUUGCUGGAGGCUGGAAGAGGUCGGAUAGUCGUUGCUGA